AUGAAGAUCAUUGAGUCUGAGAGAGCACGUACUGUGAGUUUCUCAAAAAGAAAAAAAACUUUGCUUGAGGAUGCAAAGAAAUUUGCAACUCAAACUGGGGCAGAUGUUGGUGUGAUGCUCUUUUCACCGGGUGGAAAACCAUGUUCCUAUGGUUCCACAAGCAUAGAAGAAAUAAUUGAAAAUUUUCUCAAAGUGAAACUAGAGGAUCGCCAACGUGAUUAUGUUGAGGGCAAAUCAAAUGAAAUACCUCGCGAUAAACAUAUGGAGGACCAGAAGUUGGCAAUGAAGUUGCGGGUAGAGAAGAUUAAAAAAGAAACACAAAAUUCUAUUUUGGUCGAGCAUCUGAAGUUUGAUUUGAAUGUUGCCCCUGAGCCAGAAGAUGAGCAGGAAUCUUGA